AUGAGACAGGAAAGCUGUCACAGGCACCAGGUGCCUGCUGUGCAGAACACACAGGCAGAGCCUGCUCCCCUGCCCUCCAGCAGCGACAUCGUUCAUCCCAUCAAGGUGGACGAGAGGGGAUCCUUCCUGUCCUACGACCUGUCCCACCGCGCCCUCCACCGCCGGUCCCCUUCCCCCAGGAGCAAGUCUCUCGCCUUCUAUGAGCUGCGCUACAAGGGGGAGCCCCUGAAAUUCAACCUGAGCCUCAACACCAACCUCCUGGCCCCUGGGUUCGUCAGCGAGAGGCGUUUCGGGGGCAUCUCGGGGGCCAAGAUCCAGCCCCUCAGCUACAGCUCCUGCCACAUGCUCGGGGAGGUGCGGAGCCGGGCGCUGCCGGGGGGUCUGGCCGCGCUCAGCACCUGCGACGGGCUGAAAGGCGUGUUCCAGCUGAUGGACGAGGACUAUUUCAUCGAGCCAGUGUCCCCCAGCUCCUGGGAGGAGGGAGCAGCCCAGCCCCACAGGAUAUACAAGCGACAGGCACCCGAGCACGGGGCAGAGCAGGGCACGAGGCCACCUGCUCCACUGGAGACCUGUGGUGUGCAAGACUCUCAGGAAAGCCUGGGGAGGUCUGAGAAGCAGAGGGAAAGGUGGGAGCAGAAGCAGCACUGGAAGAGAAGAAAGCAGCGCUCCAUCAGCAAGGAGAAGUGGGUGGAGACACUGGUGGUGGCAGACACCAAGAUGAUAGAGUACCAUGGGAGCCAGAACAUCGAGAAGUACGUGCUGACUGUGAUGAACAUGGUGGCAGGGCUGUUCCACCACGCCAGCAUCGGGAACCCCAUCAACAUCGCCAUCGUGCGCCUCAUCCUGCUGGAGGACGAAGAGGAGGAUCUGAAAAUCUCCCACCAUGCAGACAACACCCUGAAAAGCUUUUGCAAGUGGCAGAAGAGCAUCAAUGUCAAAGGAGAUUCCCAUCCCCUGCACCACGACGUCGCAGUCCUGCUCACAAGGAAGGACAUCUGCGCCGCCAUGAACAGGCCCUGCGAGACCCUGGGGCUGUCCCACGUGGCCGGGAUGUGCCAGCCCCACAGGAGCUGCAACAUCAACGAGGACACAGGACUGCCCUUGGCCUUCACCGUGGCCCACGAGCUGGGACACAGUUUUGGGAUUCAGCAUGAUGGAAGCAGCAAUGACUGUGAGCCAGUUGGGAAAAGACCUUUCAUCAUGUCUCCACAGCUCCUGUAUGACACGUCCCCACUCACCUGGUCCCGCUGCAGCCGGGAGUACAUCACACGAUUCCUCGACCGGGGCUGGGGGCUGUGCCUGGAUGACCUCCCAGCCCGGGAGGUGCUGGACUAUCCCCUGGUGCCCCCGGGCGUCCUGUACGACGUGAGCCACCAGUGUCGGCUGCAGUACGGCCCCUACUCCACCUUCUGCGAUGACAUGGACAGCGUGUGCAGCACGCUGUGGUGCACGGUGGGGAACACCUGCCACUCCAAGCUGGACGCUGCAGUGGAUGGCACAGCGUGUGGGGACAACAAGUGGUGCUUCAACGGCGAGUGCGUGCCCGUGGGCUACCGGCCGCAGGCCAUCGACGGCGGCUGGGCCUCCUGGAGCUCCUGGGCCGGCUGCUCGCGCAGCUGCGGGGCGGGCGUGCAGAGCGCCGAGCGGCACUGCAGCAGCCCCACACCCAAGUACGGCGGCAGGUACUGCCUGGGGGAGCGGAAGCGGUUCCGGAUUUGCAACGUCAGGCCGUGUCCCCCCGACAAGCCCUCCUUCCGCCAGGUCCAGUGCAGCCAGUUCAACCCCAUGCUCUACAAAGGGAAGCUCUACAGGUGGACACCAGUGCCCAACAACAUUAACCCCUGCGAGCUGCACUGCCGGCCCGAGGACGAGUACUUUGCGGAGAAGCUGCGGGACGCGGUCAUCGACGGGACGCCCUGCUACGAGAUGAACGCCAGUCGUGACAUGUGCAUCAACGGCAUCUGCAAGAACGUGGGCUGCGACUACGAGAUCGACUCCAACGCGGUGGAGGACCGGUGUGGUGUCUGCCACGGGGACGGCUCCACCUGCCACACCAUCAGGAAGACCUUCGAGGACAGCGAGGGGCUAGGUUACGUCGAUAUUGGGAUUAUUCCUGUGGGAGCCCGGGAGAUCCGGAUCGAAGAAGUCGCAGAAGCUGGGAAUUUUCUCGCGCUGAGGAGUGAGGACCCAGAGAAGUACUUCCUGAAUGGAGGCUGGACCAUCCAGUGGAACGGGGACUACAGGGUGGCAGGGACCACCUUCACCUACAAGAGGACAGGGAACUGGGAGAACCUCACCUCCCCGGGGCCCACUGUGGAGCCCGUCUGGAUCCAGCUGCUGUUCCAGGAGACCAACCCCGGCGUGCGGUACCAGUACACCAUCCAGCGCCCGCCCGACAGCGAGAACCAGCUGGAGCAGCCCGAGUUCCUCUGGCGCUUCGGCUCCUGGACCUCCUGCACCGCCACUUGUGGCACCGGGGUGCAGCGGCAGGUGGUGCACUGCGUGGAGAAGCUGGCUGGCAUUGUGGAGGAGCGGUUCUGUGAUGCCCUCACCCGCCCUGAUGACCAGCAGAGGACCUGCAGCGAGGAGCCCUGCCCAGCCAGGUGGUGGGUCGGCGAGUGGCAGACGUGCUCGGCCACGUGCGGCCGGUCGGGGCUGAUGAAGAGGACGGUGCUCUGCAUCCAGAGUGUGGGGGUGGACGAGCAGAGGGCCUUGCAGCAAGCAGACUGCCAGCACCUCUCCAAGCCUGCUGCCACCGCGCCCUGUCAUCAGGAGGUCCCCUGUCCCUCCCAGUGGGCUGUAGGGAACUGGUCAGAGUGCUCUGUGACCUGUGGAAACGGGACCCAGAGACGCCCAGUUUAUUGCAGCAACAGCACCGGGGCUGCCUGUGACCCUGUGGAACGACCCAGCUCAGAAAGUAUCUGCUCCUUGCCGCAGUGCCAGAGGAAACUGGACACCAGCAGCGACUGGUCUGGCAGUGGGUCCUCCAGCAGAGAGAUAUUCAAUGAAAUCCAUUACAUCCCCAGCAACCACAUUACUAAAUUUAACUCCUUAAUUCCAAGUAUUCCCCAGUCCAAUGAUGUCAAUGUCAUCACUGAGGAGGACUUCUCAGACAGAAAGGGAAAUGUCUUUGUUGAUGAUUUUUACUACGAUUAUAAUUUUAUCAACUUCCACGAGGAUCUGUCUUACUAUCCCUUCAUGGAGAAGGAGACCAGAGGUGAGGAGCCUAAGCCAGAGCUGAGCACCAACGACGUGGAGGGGCCCCGUGAGAUGCCUGCUGGUGAACUGCACACCAUCAAGCCUGGAGGAGAAGCACGAGAGGACUCUCUGGUAACCAGCAAAGCAGAUGCUUCUGUUGCUGUGCAUGGUGGAGGAGAGAUGGAGCCUGGGGAUUUAGCCAUGAAUGACCUCCUAAGCGUGGUCCCCAAGGAUGCAGGGACAGCUGCUCCCAAAUACACCAUCCCUGGCUUCAUGGGUGAGGAGGAGGAUGCAAUGCUCGUGCCCCAUUCUGAGGACCACCCGCCCACCCAGAGCACCUUAAGCCAUGAUUCUGCAAACAGCCAUGACCACCCACCCCUGGGUGAGCCCUUGGGAGCCAUGCCAAUGGGGAGCAGUCCUGGGAGGGAUGCUCCAGCCCAUGGCCUUGCUCCCAGGGCUCCUUCCCAGGCUGGUUCCCACUCCCUGCUGCCAGUCUGGGGGGGCAGCACUGGCACAGACACGCCUGGAGGUCUGGGAGAGCCAGGGAGCAGCGGCGAGGGACGGGCGAGCAUGGAGGGGCUGGGGACCACCAGCAGUGAGGAGCAGGAGGUGGCUGGUUCUGCAGGGACAGGCCAUGAAGAUCCAAGGGAAAUGGAUCUUGUCAUCACCGGUGAUACUGAUGGUGCUGCCCCCUGGACCAGGGGGCAGGACAAGUGGGCACAAAUGCCAGAGGGGACUGCAGGCACUCAUGCAGGGCCACAGGGCAAGCAAGGCCAUGGGACAGAAUGGGCAGAUCUGUUCUUCCCCACCCCACAGGGAUUGGGGUGGGAGAUGGGAAGGAGCUCUGCCAGUCCCCAUCCUGCUGCCAGUCCCCAUUCCACAGGUGCUGGGGGCCCUGUGGGGCUGGCAGGGCUCCACACCCCCAUGUCCCUGACCUUGGCCCCCUUGGUGGCUACUCCAGCCUUUCCACCAGCAGUGUCCUUGUCCCCUGGCUUCCCUGGGCCAGCCACCCAGCUCACAUCCAGUGGCCUCACCCAGCAAGAUGCCCUGUCACCAGCCAUGCCCACAUCUCCAGCUCACAGCCCUCCUGCAUACCUGGGGGGAGCAUCUCCCUCCAGGUCUCCCCCAUCGUGGUGGAGCAUGGGGAUGUCCCAGCACCUGGAGCCAGCAUCACCCCGUGCCCAGCAGACCCUGCUCCGCAGCACCGUGCCAGGGCAGCGCUCACUGGGGACAACCCCAGGGACAUCUGAUUUCAGUGAUGGGGAGCACGAGUUACCCCAGCCCACCCCUGCCCCCCUGCCACGCUGGGAGAAGGAGGAGAGGGAGAAAGAGGACGAGGAGACUUUGCUUCUACCAUCGACCACCAUGGCAGCCGCUGUGACACCCAGCUGGGAGGUUGGGAACUGGAGCGAGUGCUCGGCCACCUGCGGCGUGGGCGCGGUCUGGCGGCCUGUGCGCUGCAGCAGCGACGCCGGCUGCGCCGCCGCCAACAAGCCCGUCCCUGCCCGGAGGUGUUCCCUGAGACCCUGUGCCACCUGGCGUGUGGGGAACUGGAGCAAGUGCUCCCGGAGCUGUGGCACUGGGAUGAAGGUUCGGGACGUGCAUUGCAUUGACACCAGAGACCAGAGACUCCUCCGACCCUUCCACUGCCAGGCUGUCCUCUACAAACCUCCAGCACAGCUGCCCUGCCAGGGCACUCCGUGCCUGGACUGGUACACGUCCUCCUGGAGGGAGUGCUCGGAGUCCUGCGGUGGCGGGGAGCAGCAGCGGCUGGUGACGUGCCCGGAGCUGGGACGUUGUGAGGAGACACUACGGCCCAACACCACCCGGCCCUGCAACACCCACCCCUGCACCACCUGGGUGGUGGGCUCCUGGGGAGAGUGCUCGGCUCCCUGCGGCACGGGCGUCCAGCGGCGCCAGGUGAAGUGCAUCAACACCAGGACGGGGCUGGCAGAGGAGGACAGCAGCCUCUGUGACCACGAGCCCCGGCCCGACAGCACCCAGAAGUGCAACCCCCAGGACUGCCAGAGCUCCGAGUCGGGCUUCGUCUGCGAGCGCGACCGCCUGACGUUCGGCUUCUGCCAGACCCUGCGCGUCCUGGGCAGGUGUCACCUG